CCCUCAGCCGCCCCGGGCGGCGCGGCUGCGGCUGCUCCCUCCUUCUCCUUCCUCCUCGCCCUCUUCCUCCUCCCUCCUCCUCCUCCUCUCCCCCCCCCCCUCAGCAGCCGGCGGCGGGUGAGGAGAAGCGGGGGCCGCGGCCGACAUGUGAAACGGGGCAGCCCCCUCGUCGCCUCCUCGCCUCAGGCUCUUCUUCCCCGGCUCUUGCUGGGGCCCCGCUCGCCAUGAAGAAGUUUUCCCGUAUGCCCAAGUCCGAGGGGAGCGGCGGCGGCGGCGGGACGGCGUGCGGCGGCUCCGGCAGCGGCGUGGCCCUGGGCAGGGCGCUGGCGGUGGGGCGGUACCAGGUGACCCCCGAGGAGCCGCUGGCCGAAGGUGGCUUCUCAACGGUGUUCCUGGUGCGCACCCACAGUGGGAUACGCUGUGCACUGAAACGGAUGUGUGUUAAUAAUGUGCCGGAUCUCAACAUAUGCAAGAGAGAAAUCACAAUUAUGAAAGAGUUAUCUGGGCACAAGAACAUUGUGACCUAUUUGGACUGUGCUGUCAACUCAAUAAGUGAUAAUGUUUGGGAGGUGCUCAUCCUCAUGGAAUACUGUCGAGCUGGACAAGUUGUGAACCAGAUGAACCAGCGUCUACAGACAGGUUUCACAGAGUCAGAAGUCAUGAGAAUAUUUUGUGACACCUGUGAAGCUGUUGCCCAGUUGCAUCAGUGCAAAACGCCCAUAGUUCACAGGGACCUGAAGGUGGAAAAUCUACUGUUAAAUGAUAGCGGGAACUACGUUCUCUGUGAUUUUGGCAGUGCCACUAACAAAUACCUGCAUCCGCAAAAGGAUGGUGUUAAUAUGGUUGAAGAAGAAAUUAAAAAGUACACAACACUGUCAUACAGAGCUCCUGAAAUGAUCAAUCUGUAUGGAGGAAAGCCAAUUACUACAAAGGCAGAUAUUUGGGCACUUGGCUGCUUGCUGUAUAAACUCUGUUUCUUCUCCCUUCCCUUUGGAGAAAGCCAAGUUGCUAUAUGUGACGGAAGCUUUACCAUCCCAGACAGCUCACGGUACUCCCACAACGUUCACUGUUUGAUCCGAUAUAUGCUUGAACCAGACCAGGAGAAGAGACCUGAUAUUUUUCAAGUGUCUUACUUUGCCUUCAAAAUUGCCAAAAAGGAUUGUCCAGUGUCUAAUAUUAAUAAUUCUCCUGUCCCUUCAACUCUCCCUGAACCCAUGACAGCUAGUGAGGCAGCUGCUAGAAAAAGCCAAAUAAAAGCAAGAAUAACAGAUACUGUUGGACCAACAGAAACCUCAAUUGCACCACGGCAAAGACCAAAGGCCAGUUCAAGCACUGCCACUUCCAGUGUGCUGGCAAUCCAGAGCUCAGCAACUCCUGUCAAAGUACAAGUUCCUGGGGAGUUUGGUAAUCGUGGGCAAAAAGGAACCACGCGACCAGGGAACGGCCACGACCUCUCUCAGUGCCAAGGGCCCGCCCCGCACGCCCCGCAGCAGCACCGGGUCCUGCAGCAGCUGCAGCAGGGAGACUGGAGGCUGCAGCAGCUGCACCACCUGCACCACCAGCAGCACCAGCCCACCGUGCAGGACACUUACAUUCAGCAGUAUCAGCAAGCAGUGCACCAGCAGAUGGUCCAGCAGCAGCUGUUGCUUCAGUCUGUGUAUCAGCAGCAGCCUGCCCAGUCACAGUAUCCUGUCAUGGUGCAGCAGUAUCAGCAGGCUCUCCUGCAGCAGCAGAUGCUGGCCCAGCAGCGGUCACAGCAGGCACAGUCCCCUGAAUACAUCACUUCUCCACAAGAGUUUGCACCAGCCUUAAUCUCCUACCCUGGUUCACUCCCAGUGCAUGCUGGAACACUGGCAGAUCCUCCCUAUCCUACAAGCAGGUCAGGUAUUCCUGAUGCUGAAGCUAUUGCCAGUUACCCAAAGCAGAGCAUCAGUAACCCACCUGACAUGUCAGGCUGGAACCCAUUUGGAGAGGACAAUUUUUCCAAGUUGACAGAGGAGGAGCUGCUGGACAGAGAGUUUGACCUGCUGAGAUCAAACAGGCUGGUGGACAGGAGAGCAUCUUCAGAUAAGAAUGUGGAGCCACAUUCUGCUCCACAGAAAAGUCCUCCUGAAGAUCCCUUUGGUUCUGUUCCUUUCAUUGCUCACCAAGAUUCCCCUGGAAAACAAGUGGAUAACUCAGCCAGCAAUCAAGGAAAUAACCUAGGGACCCCAACCAAAGCUGGAAAACUGAGUCAUGUAUUUAGAGAUCCCCGCCCAGGGAGGAAGAGUGCAGAGGGACACGUGACAAAAGGUGGUGAUGAGUCAGAGAGUGAUUUUGAAUCUGACCCUCCUUCUCCCAAGAGCAGCGAGGAAGAAGAAGAACAGGAAGAUGAAGAAGUCUUGCAAGGGGAGAAUGGAGACUUCAAUGAUGACAAUGAUACAGAACCAGAGAAUUUAGGCCACCGCCCUCUCCUCAUGGACUCUGAGGAAGAAGAGGAGGAAGAGAAGCAGAGCUCUGACUCGGAUUCUGACCGUACCAAGCAAAAAUCAGUGGAAGGGCUCCUGAGCAGUAGGUUCAGAGACUGUGUGGGCAGUGGUGAAAUCCAGGAACCCAGUUCAAUGCACACAUCCUCAUCUGAGGUGCCAAGCACUGUGAUUAACCCUGGCCAAGAAUUCGAUGUGUUCGGGGCUGUGCCCUUUUUCACCCUGCGGCCUCAGGCAAGAGAGAAGAUGGAUAAAGAUGUUUCUUCUCAGACAGCUUUUCCCAGCCUGGCUCAGGAACAGGAUGACUUGGAUGUUUUCACAAAAGCCCCCUUCAGCAAAAAAGUGCCCCAGCAAGAUGGGCAGGUGUUGGGAACGGAGCCUCUGCUCUCCCCCACGUCUCCACGGAGUGUGGAUAUCUUUGGCUGCACCCCAUUCCAGCCGUCCCUUCUCCCCAAGUCUGCUGGGAACAGAGAGGACCUGUUUGGGCUGGUUCCUUUUGAGGAGAUCACAGGGAGCCAGCAGCAGCAGAAGGUGAAGCAGCAGCGGAACCUGCAGAAACUGUCUUCCCGACAGAGGCGCAUGAAGCAGGAGGUGUCCAAGAGCAAUGGGAAGCGCCACCACGGCACCCCCACCACCGCAAAGAAGGGGCUGAAGCCGAGUUACCGCACCCCAGAGCGAGCCCGCCGGCACAAGAAGGCAGGACGCAGGGACUCCCAGAGCAGCAACGAGUUCCUCACCAUCUCAGACUCCAAGGAAAACAUCAGCGUGGCCUUGACCGACAGCAGGGACCGAACCAACCCUCUGCAGACAGAUGAGAGUUUGCUGGAUCCCUUUGGAGCCAAGCCCUUCCACCCCCCGGAGCUGCUGCGGCACCCCCAGCACCAGGGCUUUGGGGACAGCCGCGGGGACCUCGGCACGGUCGUCGUGGCCGGCAGGCCGAGGCAGAGCUCCCUGCAUGGGGCCGUUCAUGGUGGGGACGGGCUCAAAACAGACGACUUUGGUGCGGUGCCCUUCACAGAGCUGGUUGUGCAGAGUGCACAGAGCCAGCAGCAGGCACUGGAUUUAGAUCCCUUCGGAGCAGCUCCGUUUCCUUCCAAACAGUAAGGGCUUCCCGUGGGUUCCCCCCCAUCCUCUCCAAGUCCCUUAAUAAAGGUUUAGUGGAGUAAUUUAUGUGGUUGAAGUGACAGGGACCUUGAUUGUGCAGCUUGUUCAGGUUCAGGAGGGCAUGGCCCGCUUGCACAGUGGAAUUGUGAAUGAUGGCUAAUUCUGAUUGGAGUUUUUGUUGGGUUUUUGGUGUUUUUUUUGCUUUGAUUUGGUGCAGUGGUUUUUGUUGUUUGUUUGUUUUUGAUAGAAAAAACAAACUAGGAGGGCCAUUUUGUUAUGGCAGAUGGUCCCGGAAUGGAAGGAGGAAUUGGAUAUGAUUCACUGUCACUGUCUUGGUGGCUGUGGGACAUACUGUCAUUCUGCACUUCAGUGUUGCCUUUCCGGCCCUCUGCAAUGUGCUGAGGUGGAGGGGAACAGGCAGGGAGCACAUGGAAAAUGUUUUCCAUACAUACAGGGGGGUAACGAACUGCAGUGGUUCUUUGUGUCUCAGUCGCAGCAGACCUAAGAACCAAGGCAUACUAAUAUCCAGAUUAUCUGCUGGAAAUAAUCUUUGCUUCCUAGGUGAAAACUACAUUUAUUAAUCAUAAAAGAUAAAACAGCCACGUCCUCAAGGGGCUGUGGGUCAGAAUUCCAGAGCACAACUAUGGCUUGGGACCUAGCAGACAUCUAUGCAGCUGCAGAGAUGAAAGGCACGUUAUUUUUUUGUGUGCCUAAAUGGUCAAUUUUUUUUUUUUUUUUACAGUAAGUGCCAUUAAUGUAAAAUAGCAAACUGGAAAUUUAGAGUCAAAACUAAAGAUACAGAAAAUAUACUCAUUUCUGAGAAGCCUGAAUGUAGGAGAGUGAGCCAGCAGGGACACAGUCAGUGUUUGCAGCACUUGGGAGACUCCUCAGCACACUGGAAGAGGGGCUGGUUUAUCCUUGAGCACAUAUAGAGUGUUUAGUUGACUUGCACAGUGGACUGUGAGGUGACUGUGAUUUGACUACAAAUUGGGAUUGGUGUCUGAAAAUACCUUUUCCUCUUGGAUUUUUAUUGCAAAGAAAACAUGUAUUCUCUGAAGGCUCUUGUUUUGUACAAUAAUAGUUUUAUGAAAUGACUGUAACCUAAUUAAUGCUCUUGUAAGUUUUGCUGAAUGCACUGAGGUUUGGAGAAGCUUCCCUGCUCCCAGCUGUGUUCCAGCCGAGCAGGAACUGGUGGCUGCUGGACCAGUGAGCUGCUUUCACACCACGGAGCCUUAUGAGCAGGACCCUGGUUGUGCUGCCCAGGACCUCGGGGGCGUGAGGGGCACCAGGAGCGUGCGGUGCCAGCAGGUGGUGGGGAGGAGCUGUGAGCACUGCUGAGGCCAGGGUUUCAUUCCUGUUUUGAAGAAGCUCGUGCUGAGCCAUGGACACUGUCUAGAGCCAGCACCCCUUGGGACAGCCCAGUCUGUCUGCCUGCCUGGGUUCCAUGGCCAUCCUCAAGGACAUGGAAAGGAGGUAGUUUUUUGGCAAGUCUCACCUUGAUAUCCUGCUCAGCUGAAUGCUGAUGAUUCGAUAAUGGAUGUUCGUAUGAGGAGGAUGGCAGCGUUUGGUUGGGUGUCCUCAUGUCUCCCCCUGUCACAAGAGGUAAAGUGAAAUAUUCAGGGUUGUGCUUUUUUUUCCCCAAAGCCUCCUGCUGGUUAUAUAUAUAUAUAUCUCUGAGAUCUGUGAAGGGGGUAUGGAUCCCUUAUGAUAUUUGCUCAAAACACAUUGAAAACAAAUCAGUUGACUCCUUUGGGGUUGGUUUGAUCAAGUGCUCCCUUGGGUGUAUGUGAGAGAGCUUCCCCUCACCCUGGUAUGUGAAAGAAGCUCAUAGCUAUCCAUACACCAUCACUACCUUCAUCUUCCUCGGUUUCAUUUUUCUCACAGGCUGCAAGUGGAAUAUUCCAGCUGAGCGUGGUUCAGUGUGCCUUUUCCAGGCUUAGAAAUUAAGCUCAUAGGAGGUUGUGAGUAGAAGUGUUUCAACUUUAUUUGCACAGGAGUUUCCUAGACUUUUAUUACUGCUCUUCUCACCUGUUUCUUUGGUGCCAAAGGCUGUAAGAAGCACACGCCAAGUUUUGUAGCAUUUUCUGAUACUCAGGUUAACUGUCUUUUUCCUUUUUUUUUUUUUUUUUUUCCUCUGCAUGUGCUUAUGAGCUUCCUUCCCUGGUUUCCCUCAGAGCUGUUACUCACCUGUCUGAAGAGCUCUUGGAACAGAGUGAGAUGACAGAUGGGGCAGGGGGUGGAAACAAAACGAAAGGAAAACAGCAGAGAGUAAAACCAUGGUCCUAAAUGUGGCUGGUCUCGCCAAAGCCACACGGCUGCUGCCUUCCCAGUGGGAAAGCGAUGGGAAGGGUUAACCAUGCACAUGGCACUGGGGCUUGGCUCCAGGGCCAGGGAGGAGAGGUGGUGGCUGUUGGACACAGAGGGAGAAGGUUGUGCAGACCUGGUGUGGGCAGAAGCGUUCAGGUAAACUAAGAACAGAAGGAAAAAUGUUUGCUUUUUAUCAAUUUGCCCUGAGACUCCAGGCUGAGGAGUGCUGCAGGUUUUCCUCGUGUGGCGGGUUGGUUGGAUUUUGGCAGAGGGUCUGUACGUGGUUAAAUUGCAGCACAGCAAAGCUGAAGUGAGGUUGAGCACAAACUGAGAUGACGCAAAGGCAAACUGUAAAUCCCAGUUUCUCUAAAGCUGGCGUAACACUUCUAGUGCACGUGAGUUAUGGUCCGUGACAUUUGCUUUCUAGUGGCCUUAACAAACCUGGUUCUUUGCACUCAAGAUAUCACACAGGUUUUUGUAUAAAUGUAAUUCUUUUGUUUCUAGAGUUGAAGUUACAUUAUCCUUUCUUAUGACUGAAGAGAGAUUAGUGCCCCCACUAAGCUGCCUUUGUGCAGUGUAUGUUGUUUACACACAAACAAACCCAAGCUGGGGUUUAAUUUCAGCCAUGAUCCACUAUUCAAAGUUGGAAUGUGGGACUGUCAGGGAACAGGAUAUCCUUUGCCUUUUUUGGAGUGUAUGCUCACCAUGGAGCACAUUGUGACCUUACUGAAACACAAGGAAGCCCUUGCUGCAGUAGGCAUGUACCAUGCUGCCCAGGAAGGCAACAGUGACAAGGUAAGGGGCUGACAUUUCCAUUCUGGCUAAAAAUCCCCAUGGAUUUUUACAGCUUCUCCUUCAGCAUGCUGAAGGACUGAAGCACAGGCCUUCUAGGAUCAACUGCUGGGGAGAGAGUCUGUACCAAGGUACUAAGAAACCCUUACUGGUUGUGGUCACUGAAAGGGAAGCCUGGUAGUUGUGCUUGCCUGUGGACUGAAGGGCCUCGAGGUGUGUAGUGAACUGCUCUGGCUGCCCUGUGUGUGUGUGGGCCCCGUGAACACCAGCAUUGGAGCAAAUAUCUUCUAAUCACUCUGGGUGUCCCAGUUAGUAAAACCAAGUACUGUGAAAAUAAGUUGAUGUAUUUGCUACUGUGAGAAUAAGAGUUUAUCUGGAGUUUUUUAUCCUAUAUCGUGUAUUUUUACAUAAGAGAAGUCUAUAUAAAAUAUACACACGCUCACACACAUCACAUACCCGGUGGAGUUGCUGUGGUUUGGGUAACCCAGCAGGCACAAUCACGUUUGUGACUUGGAGUGAAUAUGUGUGAAACCUGCGAGGGAAAAACAAGUGCCAAGGGUGGCUGCUGUGCUACUGUCCUGUAGUGCUUAUUUUGAAAGGAAAUCAAGGAGGUUGUGUGUAUGGCUUAAGUGGUGACUGAAAAAUCACCUAGUACUAAAGAGCAUAAAAACUACUUUAAAAUUGCUGGCCUUCAGCUUUUAAGUGCACUUUCCUGAAAUACACCUCCAUUCUCAUUAGACUUCAAGUUUCUAAAGCUUUUUUGUGUACCACUAAACAGAGAACUUUUAACUUUUUGGUGAAGCUGAUAUAUGUCAUAAAAUCCUUGGAGUUGUUAAAUAAACAAAAGUGGUAACAGUGC